AUGUUCCACCAGUUGCGAGAGACUUCGUCGAUAAGCAAGGAUGAACUACCACUCCUCGGUAGCUCUCUUCAAACAGGUCAUUUAAUGGAUCAGUUACCCGAAUACCGAUCCGAUCAGAAGCUUUGGGCUUGGCUGCUCCAGGCCUACUAUCCGCAACUUCUGAAGCAAUGGGUCCUUGUCGCCAUUAAAGCCGUUACGCAAUUUGUACCACAGUAUGCGCUCUUUUACUUGCUGCGAGCAUUAGAGGAAAACCCAAUGGAUCGAAAAGUUACUCUUUGUGGCGUCUUAUACGGUCUUAGUCUCGUCACGGAAGUUUGGAUCCGGGAGUUGGUGCAGUGGUUUACCAUGUCCCAAUUCCAAAUUCCUAUGCAAGCUGUGUUGAGCUCACUUGUAUACCGCAAAACUUUAAAGUUGCCCAACUUCAGCGAGGGUCAGCCCGAAAACAGGAAUUCCCAACAGCAAUCUCGCCAAGAUCCACCGAGUUUGACAAAGUCUAUUGACAAUCAUUUACAACUCGAUACUGGCAAAGUUUCGGCCGUCUGCGGCCAGAACAUACUGAUCCCCCAAUCCGUUGUCAAGUUAUUCUUCACCGUGAUAACCUUGGCACAACUGAUUGGAUGGCAAGCUAUAACAUUUAGUAUCCUCUGUACCAUUGUGACUACAGCCCUCAACUUCAAAAUCUCUGCAACCUACUCAAAGUUCUACUAUGGCUUGAUGAAGUAUCGAGACCAAAGGUCCAACUUGCUCUCAGAAGCACUGCAAGGUAUCCGGGACAUUCGUCUUGGAGUAUUUGAAUCCCAGUGGGAGAAGAGACUUCUGGAUAUUCGGCGGGGGGAGAUGGACCAGAUGCAUCGGAGCGCAGUUACCAUGUGUAUCGUCGUCGUCUUGGCCAAUAUCUGCCCUCUAAUACUAGCCAUUCUACCCAUUGCCUUGUAUUCAUACCGAAGCGGGAGGUUGACAGCCUCAAUUGCCUUUACAUCUCUGGGACUACUACAAAAGCUUCAAGCUGACCUUGCUGUCCUGCCGUUAACAUGGUCAUAUCUCUUGGAGGGUUGGGCUAGUUGUGAAAGACUAGAAGCUUUCCUGAAGCUACCAGAGAAACAAAACAUUAUUAUACCAUCAGAAUCCGUCAUUUUUAAAGAUGCGACAGUUUCAUGGCCAUCCAAACCCUUUGGAGGAGCGGGGUCGUCAGCCUUCUCCCUCAACGACUUGUCUUUACAGUUUCCCCGUGGUAAAUUGUCAAUUAUAGCCGGCGGAACCGGAUCAGGCAAAAACCUCGUGUUGAAUGCAAUUUUGGGGGAAGCAGACGUAGUGUCUGGUUUUAUUUAUGCACCUUGUAGCGACGGUCAGGCCGCUACCGUACCGACAUCAUCUCCGGUUGCUAUUGUGUCUCAGCCGACAUGGCUAGAACGAACGUCACUCAAGGAGAACAUCUUAUUUGGCUGUUCUUAUGACUCAGCGAGGUAUUCCGACGUUAUCAAAGCUUGUGCGUUGGAAAAAGAUAUCCGAAAUUUGCCCAAUGCCGAUGGAACUGACGUCGGCCCUACGGGAACGUCAUUGAGCGGAGGGCAACGCUGGAGAGUGUGUUUGGCUAGAGCACUAUAUUCGAAAGCCACCACUAUUUUAAUUGGGGAUAUCCUGUCAGCUAUCGACUCAUCGGUUCGAAAGCAAGUCUUGGAACGGGCAUUGCUUGGCCAACUUGCACAGGGAAGGACGUUGAUCAUGGUCACCCAUCACGUCACCAUGUGCCAACCAUUUGCAAGUUUUGUUAUGCAUCUUUCAAAUCGGCAGGCACUACGCACAGAAACAAAGAGACUCGAAGCCAGCAUGAAGCUAGCACAAGCUGUCACAGCCCUUGAGGGCGCCGAGACUCAACGUGGCUCUGACAAAGAUUCAGUCGGGAAUCAACCAGCCGCGAGUGACACGGCGGCGCACCAACAGAAAUCGACACUUGCUGGCCUUGCAGAAUAUGUACGACAAGGCAGCUUAUCCAGUUGGUCAUGUACAAUAAUCGUCAUUCUCCUAUCAGAGGCCGCGACACACAGCGGGCCGUGGUGGUUGAAGCAUUGGACCGAUGGCCUUGCUACCGACUACGCGCACGACACAGCUGCGCUUGUCGAUGACAGAACCGGGAAACCCCACCGUUCAGGCACUUAUUAUAUCGGAAUAUAUAUUCUGGCUUCAAUUGCGAGUGCCUUGAUGCUCGGUUUUAAGUCUUUUGCUCUGUAUAAUGUCAGUCACAAGGCUUCUCAAAACAUCUUUCGAGGUAUGGUUCGUUCCAUAUUGCAGGCACCCCUGCAUUGGAUUGAAACGUAUCCUCGCGGCGAGAUUCUCAAACGUUUCAGUUCAGACUUGCUAGUCGUUGAUAGGAGAAUAGCGAGCAAUCUUGGUGCUGAGAUUGAGCUCGCAGCCAGACUCAUGUUUGUCAUCACAACUGGCCAGCUUCAUUCCACCUUGACUUCAAACGGUCUGCUUGUUAUUAGAGCAUUUGGAAGGUCGGCCGAUUAUAUCCUUCAUAUGGAUGCUCUUAUUGAUGAUUCGUCCAGAGCAGCUUGGUACGACUGCCUCUGCUCGAGAUGGAUGGAACUGCGCGUGGGCAUUCUAGGCGUCGUUUUCGAAGCAAUGAUUGCACUUGGAGCUGCUUCAGGCCGCAUCAAUUCUGGAUCAGCUGGCUUUGCCUUGAUAGUUGCAAGACAAUUCUCUGGAUCGAUGAGCUUGCUCAUAAAAAAAGCAGUUGUGAUUCAGAACGACGUCAAUGCCGCCAAUCGAAUCGCAGAAUACAACGAGCUGCCAUCCGAGUUUGGAGCUGGCUGCGAGGCUCCUGACAAUUGGCCACAGACGGGUAAAAUUGUCGUCGAUAAUUUUUCCACUGGGUAUCCGAAUCUGCCUCCAGUGCUGAAGAACAUUGACUUUGUUGUGAAUUCACGCCAGCGUGUCGGUAUUGUCGGUCGAACAGGCGCUGGGAAAUCCUCGCUCUCACUAGCCCUAUUUCGAAUCCUUGAAAGUAGACAAGGAAGGAUUAUUGUUGAUGGCAUAGAUAUUUCUACUCUAAGUCUGGUAGAUCUUCGCCAACGGAUGUUCAUUGUUCCCCAGGAUCCAUUCCUCUUUAGCGGAACAGUACGAAGCUACCUCAAUAUGUCUGGUGACCACCCUGAUGAAACACUAAUCAAGACGUUGCGGGAACUUGGACUAGAUCUUCCGCUCAGCAUGUCUCUGGCUACCGGCGGAUCCAACAUCUCACAAGGUCAGAGACAGCUCAUUUGCUUGGCCAGAGCAGUAAUAUCCAAACCGCGAAUUCUAGUGCUCGAUGAAGCCACAAGCGCGGUCGAUAUGGCUACCGACAAUAUCCUACCGCAGCUUCUAAGGAAAGCUUUCUCACAAUGCACAGUCAUAGUCAUUGCUCAUCGUCUGUCAACGGUCAUCGACUUUGAUGAGCUUUUGGUGCUUGAUGGAGGCAGAAUCGUUGAAAGUGGACGACCAAUCCAGUUAUCUCAACAAAGUGGCCCCUUUAGAGAGUUGCUAGAGCACAGUGUGGACAGGCUUGAGCUAUUCAUGCGCUUGGAGCGGAAAACGUAG